AGCUCCCAGCUGCGGUUCCGCCUCGCGCCACAACGAAUUACCACUACCACCCGCUUCCCCCCGGUCAUGCAAGACACCCCCGAACUGCCCAGUGGCUGCCCCAUCGCGAGCGACGCGUCGACAAACCUCUCGCUCGGGAUACGCUCGCAGAGCUCCUUGGCCACCAUGCACGACGCGCUCGACGACCUCUACGGGCGGCUCCUGCGCGGCUCGGGGUCGGCCGUGCUCUUCGGGUGGUGGCCCCGCUCCCGCUCCUGGGCCCGGGCGCAGCUCGUCGAGCGGACCACGCGGUGCCUCCCCGGGGUGCGCCCGCAGGUGGAUUUCGUCGCGCUCCCGCUGCUACCCGAGGCCGAAGAGCUCUGGAGCUGCUGGAGCGAGGCGCACGGGCUGGGCCCCCAGCAGGCCGUGUGGUUCCACCCAAGGCUCGAAGGAUCCAGCGCCGUUGACGACCCUGCCUUGGAAGUCUGCAGGGAGGUCCUGGCACAGAUGGUCGGCUCUCCCAAUGUGGUGUUCUACCCGAUGUAUUGGCUGUCCGAGAUCGCGCUGGAAGCCACGAAAGUUGACAUGCCGAUCAUUGGGGACCCCGAAGACCACAGGCUCAUGCCUCUGAGCGCGGCCAAAGGUUGGCUCCACCCGCCCGUCGGUGCCCGCGAGCGCUCCUGCCUACGCGCCGUCCUCUCGGGCCUGGGAGGCCGCGUCCGGGCGCCAAAGGGCUUCGUGGCCGACAGCGCGGAGGAGCUGCGGGAGGCUCUGGCGCAGCUGCGUCGGGAGUGCCCAGCCGGGACCAGGUUCGUCCUGAAGCCAACGGAGGGUUCUGGGGGCUGCGGCGUCGUGCUCGAUGCGUCGGAGGCCCAUCUGGACGCCUUCGCGUUCGGGCCGUCUGGGGGUUCGGCGAUCCUGGAGGAGAUGAUCGUCGGACGGGACGCGCCACAGUCCCCAACGCUCUACAUGCUCGGGGACACACCUUGCGGGCCCUUCGCCGAUCAGGUGCUCGCAGACGACUGCUCCACCAAUCUGGGGAACAGGUUCCCGUCCGUGCUGCAGGAUGACGACCUCUUCAGCGCUUGCGUAAAAGCCUCUCAGGAGAUCAACAAGACCUGGGGCAUGACAAGUAAUUGGGGCCUCGAUUUUGUCAUCGACAAGGGCGGCGACGCAGUCAUCGUGGACAUCAACAUGGGACGCCCGAAUGGAAACUUGGCCGUCCGGUUGUGGGCCAGCCUUUCGGAUUCACCGUUGACCGUCUUCACUGGAAUGUGGACAAUUCCCUUGAAGGGACCUUCCAUCGACAGCAUCUUCGCAUCCUUACGUGCGGCGAACAUCCUCUGGAACGGCCAGGAGGGGGUCAUCGUGUAUCAGUAUAUGCCUGGCUGCCCCUCCGGCUAUGCCAUUGCGAGUUCACGUGGUCCCGAUGGUGUUUCGCAGCUUCAGGCGCGUCUUUCCAAGACAAUGCUUGAUGCCCAUGGCACUGUGCUGUCAUAGCGCCCCAGUCCGUAUCGACGGUCUGUGUUUCUUUCGGUGAACCUUUUUAUUUUGCAGUGCAAAUGCAUGACCGUUUGAAGUACGCGUUGGUAUGCUUAACGCGGCCUAUGAGGGGGCCUCUGGGAAUGUAGGUUCGUUCAUGUGCGAAUGUCAUUGUUGUUUUUAUACUUGCAUACUGUUGCAGUUUGGAGCAGUUGGAGCUCGCGGCCUCCACACAUCAUAAUACAUUCACGAUUGUCUGACAUAUCCGCUAGCUCUGUUCCAGGUAUGUGGCAUGUAUAAUAUCACAGCUUGUAGUCCACCAUGUGCUUCGCAUGAGGACUUUGCGCAUGCUGGACCGCAGUGUUUUCUCAAAGCUUCAUUCAUAUAUGAUCGUCCCACCUUUAUGUCUCUACGUGCUGGUAUUCCUACGACGUUUCGUCGUGUAUUCGAAAAGCCGGAGGUCUCUGAACGAACGAGCACUUGCCAUUGUGGUUGUGUGUCGCGUUGCCUGUCAGCGCAACUGAUGAACAAUUUGAGAAACAUAGGAAAGCAUUAGAAGUACAGGCUUAUCUUUGUUAGUUCUCGCACCAGUUUCAAAGAGGGGCGCACAAGGGAACGCUUCCCGCGUACGAGUCCACGUACUAUCUCUUUCGCGAAGCAUUUCUCAUAGGCCAAUUGCCGUUAAGUAUGAGAGAUACGUGUCUGCGAUGUUUCUCUUUGGUGGUGUGUUGAUACCCGUUUCAACAGUUUUGUGCGUCGCAUGCUCCGAUGACGCAAACCUCGUUUCCACGCCCAUGCCUGUACAGUCUAGCACUCCCCGUCGCGGGUUGGGGCAUCGUGAGCAGUGGUUGUUCUCGCCGUAGUCAGAGAGCCCAGUGACAGUGUAGCAACAGCAUCCCCUGGAGGUGGUGUGAAGCAAACCGGUUGCUCCAGCCCUCCAGUUGCCACCCGCAUCCUUUAUCAAGAAGGCCUUGCCGAUGUGCAUGCUGGCCAAGGUCAAGCCAGGGUGUCAGGCCGACCCGUUGGCGUGCAGUCCGCGUGAAGAUAUCCCGACACUUCCAGAGAAGGUUUCGAUGUCAAGCGCCGUAACCUGAUGUACAUUUGCAC